AUGGGUACGCCAGGGAAGGUGCGGCCAUUGCCGGCCGAUUUGGCAGCUCGCCUCGGCGACGCCUACGUUUUGAGCGAUGUGACGGUCCUGGUGGCCGAGCUCUUGGCCAACGCCCUGGACGCGGGCGCAACCCGGGUGGUCGUGCACACCGCAUUAGACGAAGCUUUGGUAGUCGUUCGCGACAACGGACAUGGGUUGCGACACGAUGAUUUGCAGCUAUUGGGUCAAGCCGUCGCCUCCAGCAAGCUGCCAACCACGGCUCAGGCUCAAACUCAUGGGUUUCGGGGCCAAGCGCUGCGCGCCAUUGCCCAAUGUUGCUGUCUCAGCAUUAAGUCGCGUGACCCCCAAUCAGGGCUUUUAUUUCAAAAGGUCGUGAUAGCGUUGACCUGGACCUUUGGGCGGAAUGAAGCCGUACCUCGGUGGUGCCUGCCCGCCCACACCUCGGCAUUGGAUCGCUUCCGUGCGGUGCUCCCCGCGGCUUUGCGUGCAACCGUCAUCGCCAUGGACGAGCCGGGAGCAAGGCACCUUCGCGCCGCCUUCGCAACGGAGGGGCAUCCCACGCAAGCCUAUCAGUUUUUGUCCGUUAAUGGUCAUCCACAAACGCAGGGUCAGGCCCUCGAGGCUGUGCGAAGUACUUUUGCUCACAGCCUCUUUGGCCGUCAAGACGAGAAGAAUGACUCGGGCAAGCUACGCAGCCGCCGCCCCCGCUACUACCCCGUCUUUGCGCUCUGGGUGGAGAUGGCUGACUUUUCGGCAGAUAACUUGGUUGAUAACAAACACCGCUUUCUCAUGGAUCCUGACAGCCCUGAAUUGGCUCAAAUCACGAGCCUGACGCGUCGUUUCCUUGAACAGCAAGGCUUUCUUGCUGUGAUGCCUCCACUCUUUACUGCACCUGCCUCCACAGACAUACCUGCGCAGCUGGAGUCUUCGCCCAAGCGCCCCAAGCGUAGCCCUUUUCAUUCGUUCCGGUCUGCAAGCAGCAGUGCAGCCCAGUCAGGGCUGACCGCCGAACCCAAACAAGAUGCGCCCACCGUCGAUCACGACUUGUUGCACUCCUCCGCCAGUCCCACUCCAACUGGACACGCCCUGCACUUGGCGCCUGAGCCGGGAAUAGAAGCGGGCCCGGCCCAAAUCAUGUCUCAAGUCCCAGAUAAUCAACUACAGGCGUGUAGGCACGGGCUUCAGGCAAGGCGCGAAAACCAGGAGAUCCAGACGACCCAGGCGACCCAGGAAGCUAUGGGGCCUGGGCCUCAUUCCAAUGAUGCCCUGAUUCAAGUCAAGAUCCGGACGCCCGAUUCAGGAAACUUGCCCUCCUCGGCUUCAAACACGCCUCAACCGCGUUUCCUGAAUUUACCCAAACUCCCAAGAGGGGCACUGCAGAAUAUACGGCUUAACAAUGAGCAUCUUCAUCAGACGCGGGUGGUAGGCCAGUUGGAUGCCAAAUUCUUGUGCUGUACGGUUCCCAUCCCCGAUGGCCGUCUGCUUUAUGUCAUUGAUCAGCAUGCAGCGCAUGAGCGCAUCAUGCUCGAGCAGUUUCUAGCGAACGAUACGCAAACAGGCGAUCGGGGGCUGCAGCAACCCAUCACAAUCCCGCUGGCCGAGCCACUGAGUGUUGAGAUGGUACCCUGGCCGUUCCACAGCACCGCAUGGCUGAAUAUGUACGGGAAGUGUAUGAAACAGUAUCAAUGCUGUGGAAACUGGCUCAACGAAUGGACGUCCACCAUGCUAACAGGCGAGCUCGGAUUACUGCCCUCACUGCGCGACAUGAUUUGCACACGAGCCUGCCGUGCUGCGAUCAAGUUUGGGGACCAACUGACACUGAACCCACAACCUAGCAUUUUUUCUUUCUUUCCUCCUGUCGUUCUUUCAUCUUCUUUGCCACUGUGCGCCAUGUCGGUCGUCACCACCAUCCUGUGCUUGUUGCUCACGGUCAUGUUCCUCAUGGCUGGCACUGCCAAACUGACGGAUGCCUUUGUCCCGGACCUCCACAACGAGCUGGUGGGCAAGUUUGAGACCUACGCCAAGGUCUUGCAGACGGUGCAAUAUGGCGUGUCUGGUAGCACCUUCCGUCAAUUCCUUGGCGUCGUGGAGACGGCUGCUGCGCUCCUGCUCUGGGUUGCCCCCCAGCUGGCUGCCAGUGUGUUGGCCAUCAUCAUGACAGGUGCCAUUUACACCCACCUUCUGGUUGAGGACCCUCCGCAAGCCAUGGCCAUGCCCGCCGUGCUGCUCCUCUUCUCUGUUAUUGUUGCUGUCAGUGGCCGCAAGGCCAAGGGCUCCGGCAAGAGCAAGAAGAACUAAUCGACUUGUUAUAUCCGUUUUUUUUCUUCCGUUUGUUUCUGCUCUCUUUCUCUCCCCUCACUUUUGCUCUGCUACGUGGCUCUCCGCCCGUUUGCCCGCGUGGGCGAUGUCAGAACGUUGAGGUUGAAAGGAAUUGAGAAGCAUGGUGUC